UGCCCUUUGACCCGGAAGUGGAUGCGUAGGCGUGGCUUUUUUAUGUUUUCCCUCCCCUGCGGCUCAGUUGGGCUUUCUCUCGCGGAGGAUGAGGGUGAAGGUGUUGAGCCGGAACCCGGACGACUAUGUGCGGGAGACCAAGCAGGACCUCCAGCGGGUUCCUCGGAAUUAUGAUCCUGUAUUACACCCAUUUGAAGUUCCACGAGAAUAUACACGGGCUCUAAAUGCUACAAAAUUGGAGCGUAUAUUUGCAAAGCCUUUUGUUGCAUCAUUAGACGGUCAUCGGGAUGGCAUCAAUUGCAUGGCUAAGCAUCCAGAGAGCUUGUCUACCAUUUUGUCUGGAGCAUGUGAUGGAGAGGUUAGAAUCUGGAACUUGAUGAGGCGUGUCUGCAUCCGUACAUUACAAGCACAUGAAGGUUUUGUGAGAGGAAUGUGUACCCGCUUUUGUGGUACCUCUUUCUUCACUGUUGGUGACGAUAAAACAGUAAAGCAGUGGAAAAUGGAUGGUCCAGCUAAUGGGGAAGCAGAGGAACCAAUAAACACAAUUCUUGGAAAGACAGUGUACACUGGAAUUGACCACCAUUGGAAGGAUCCUGUUUUUGCUACAUGCGGCCAUCAAGUUGAUAUCUGGGAUGAACAGAGAACCAGUCCUUUAUGUUCUUUGACGUGGGGAGUUGAUAGUAUCAGCAGUGUUAAAUUCAAUCCAAUUGAGAUGUAUCUUUUGGGAAGCUGUGCUUCAGACAGGAAUAUUGUGCUGUAUGAUAUGAGGCAAUCAACUGCACUGAAAAAGGUUAUCUUGGAUAUGAGAACAAAUACACUUUGCUGGAAUCCCAUGGAAGCAUUCAUUUUCACGGCAGCAAAUGAGGACUAUAACCUCUAUACUUUUGACAUGCGAUUUCUUGACACGCCUUUAAUGGUUCAUAUGGACCAUGUGUCUGCAGUCCUUGAUGUGGAUUACUCUCCUACUGGAAAAGAAUUUGUGUCUGCCAGCUUUGAUAAAUCUAUUCGCAUUUUUCCUGUAGACAAAGGUCAUAGCAGAGAGGUCUAUCAUACAAAGCGAAUGCAGCAUGUGAUAACUGUCAAAUGGACAUCUGACAGCAAGUAUAUCUUGUGUGGCUCUGAUGAAAUGAACAUUCGUUUGUGGAAGGCGAAUGCUUCUGAAAAGCUGGGUGUUAUUGUUCCUCGAGAGAAAGCAGCUAUGAACUAUAAUCAAAAACUGAAAGAAAAAUUCCAGCACCAUCCCCAGAUCAGACGUAUAAACCGCCAUCGUCACUUGCCAAAGAUAAUUUACAGCCAGGCCAAGGAGUUGCGCAUCAUGAGAGAAGCUCGUCGGCAAAAGGAACUGAAUCGCCAGAAACACAGCAAGCCUGGAUCUAUACCGCAUAUGUCAGAGAGGAAGAAACACAUUGUGGCUUUGGUGGAAUAAUACUUUGUAGGACUACCAAUGGUAGUGUUUGAAUCCUUACGGACAUUGUGCACAUCACUUUGUUACAGGAUACGAGUCUUCCAGCAUCUUACUUUUUAAAAAGCAUAUACUUUUACCAUUGUGUAAAAAUAAUUUUCAGAAUACUGUAUAAAACAAUUGUUCCAAGAAA